CCUUCAUUCAUGCAUGCCCAACCCUACCACAUCAACCAUGAAGCUAAUUCUUCUAUUCUCGGCCUUCUUCCUUCUCUCCUCCCUCACAACACUAGCAGCCGCCGAGGUCGUCCUCGACAGGGAUGGCAACGAGCUACGACGUGGGGUAGAAUACUACAUCUACCCCGGCAUCACUGACGUCGCCGGCGGUCUUACCCUUGCAAGCCGGAACCACUCUUGUCCACUGGAUGUGACCCUUGCAAUCUCUCCAACCAGUAAUGGCCUUCCCCUCACCUUCUUGCCGGCCGAUCCCGAGGAGGACACCAUCAAUACAUCGACGGACUUAAAUAUUGUCUUCUCGGCUGUCACCAUCUGUGUGCAGUCUACAGUGUGGAAGCUCGACUUCGAUGACGCCGCCGGGCGUUUUUAUGUGACGACGGGCGGCGUCGCCGGGAAUCCCGGCCGUGAGACGUUGGCCAACUGGUUCAAGAUAGAGAACGAUCGUGGUGCCUAUAAGCUGGUUUUCUGUCCCACGGUGUGUGAUAUAUGCAAGCCUGUUUGUGGGAAUUUGGGUGUAUACCGGGAGGACGGGAGGCUAUGGCUGGGGAUCAACUCCGAUGCACCACUCCCGGUUGAGUUCAGAGGGGCAUAAACUGGGUCUUGCUCCUCUCUAGUAAGCAAGAACGGAAUGGGACUAUUAGUCGUGUGGUAAUUAAAUUUAAAUAAAAGUCCUGAGAGUAUUGUUUAUAAUUCUGAUGGCUGAAUGUGCUCCAUGUAUCUUGAAUUGUUUUAAGAUAAUUAAAUAUACAAAGCUCCUAUUGAUGUUUGUU